CUUUCAUAAAACAUGCUUCCAAAAGACCUUUCAAUCAGUUGCUGAUAUAUAUUAAAUGAUUUGAUCAUAUUCUUACAAAAAGAAAUUACAAACACUUACUCUUGAAUUCUUGCAGCAAAACACAAGUUUUCCACGUCUAAUAGAAUAGAAACGGCAGGGUUUCGACGACAACUAGUCUUUCUCAGAUUUCCAAGUUUCGAAGGGAAGGAGAGAUGGAAGAUCUUCGGACAGUGUUUUGCGGGGCAUCUGAUUGUUUAGACGGCAAUGAUAUCCCUUGUGGUGUUUCUUUGAUCUUUGUGACACGCCCUUCUUCGUGUAUCAAUCACAUGUUAGUAAUUUUUUUCGAUAUUCUCCUCGUUAUCAUGUUCUUGUUCACUGUGUUUUCCAAGACAGCAUUAAAAUCCCAUCAUACGCCUGCCUUUGAUCGCAUUUCAAAUUUGCGAAUAAUUGCAGCCAUUUAUAAUGGUAUCAUUGGAGUGGUUAAUUUGUCUCUAGGAAUCUGGAUUUUAGAAGAGAACAUGAGGAAAACUCAAGCUCUUCUACCUCUAAACUGGUGGAUAAUGUUCAUGGUUCAUGGACUAAUAUGGUUGAUGAUUAGCUUAUUUGUGAGCCUUAUGGGUUGGCAUUUUCCAAGAAUACUGUUGAGGACGUUGUCCAUUCUAGCAUUCCUGUUUGCUGGAAUUACUUGUGGUUUGUCACUUAAUCAUGUUAUUCUUGAAAAGGGGAUGUCGAUCGAAAUUGUUUUAGAUAUACUGUGUUUUAUAGGAUCUGGUUUGAUGUUAUUAUGUGCUUGUAAGGAGUACAAAUGCGAAGAUAGCGAUGAAAACGAUAUUCGUACUCCAUUGGUUGCUGCUGCCAAUUGCAGCAGUAAAACUCGUCCUGUUACUCUGUUUGCAAAAACUGGCUUUUGGAGUAAAAUGUCGUUUUGGUGGUUGAAUCCAUUGAUGAAAAGUGGAAGGGAGAAAACUCUUGAUGAUGAGGAUUUACCCAAGUUGCACGAGGAUGAUCGAGCGCAGUCAUGUUACUUGCUAUUUAAGGAGAAAUCUAACAAACGUAAACAAAUAGAUCGAUCAGCCCAACCCUCAAUCUUAAAGACACUACUGUUGUGCCACUGGAAAGAUAUAUUCAUUGCAGGGUUCUUUGCACUACUGAAGACUACUACUCUCUCUGCUGGUCCUCUGCUUCUAAAUGCCUUCAUUAAGAUUGCUGAAGGAAAAGCGAGUUUUGAAUACGAGGGAUAUUUAUUGGUUGUGAUACUUUUCUUUACGAAGAUCAUUGAAUCAUUAUCUCAAAGACAGUGGUACUUCAGGAUGAGACUAAUUGGUCUUAAGGUGAGAUCUUUACUCAUAGCAGCCGUUUACGAGAAACAACUUCGAUUAUCUAAUGCCGCUAAACUGAUGCAUUCAAAUGGUGAGAUAAUGAACUAUGUCAAUGUUGAUGCAUAUCGGAUUGGAGAGUUUCCUUAUUGGUUCCAUCAAUCAUGGACGCCAAUUCUCCAGCUUGGCCUUGCACUCAUUAUUCUCGUCCGUGCUGUAGGGCUUGCAACGAUUGCGUCCCUCGUAGUAAUAAUUCUCACUGUCGUUUGCAAUGUUCCCCUAGCAAAAUUACAGCAUAAGUUUCAAUUGAAGCUCAUGUUGGCACAGGAUAAAAGACUGAAGGCUAUUUCAGAAGCUAUUGUGAACAUGAAGGUGUUAAAGUUAUACGCGUGGGAAACUCAUUUCAAGCACGAAAUACAAAAUUUAAGGCAAACUGAAGAGAAAUGGUUAUCAUCUGUCCAGUUGUGCAAAGCGUAUAAUGUCUUCCUUUUCUGGUCAUCCCCUAUUUUAGUCUCUACAGCUACCUUUGGGGCCUGCUAUUUUCUUGGCAUCCCGUUAACUGCUAGUAACGUUUUCACAUUUGUAGCAACGCUGCGUCUGAUUCAGGAACCUAUUCGACUUAUUCCUGAUGUUAUUGGAGUGGUUAUUCAAGCUAAAGUUUCAUAUGUCAGGAUUUUGAAGUUUCUUGAAGCACCUGAGCUGGAAACUGCAAAUGUCAGGGUGAAGUCCAUUGUACAUGAUACAAACCAUAGCAUUUUUAUUAAGUCGGCUGAUCUGUCAUGGAGUGAGAAUCAAUCGAAGCCAACACUUAGAAACAUUAAUUUGGAGGUUAAACCAGGCGAGAAGAUUGCCAUUUGUGGAGAGGUGGGUUCCGGCAAGUCCACACUCCUUGCAGCAAUUCUUGGAGAGGUUCCAGUUACCCAAGGAACUGUCCAGGUGUACCAAACUAUUGCCUAUGUCUCUCAAUCAGCAUGGAUUCAGACAGGAACUAUUCGAGAAAACAUUCUCUUCGGAUCUGCAUUGAAUAACAAGAGAUAUCGAGAUACAAUAGAGAGGUGUUCACUAGUAAAGGACUUUGAGCUGUUACCAUAUGGUGAUCUUACUGAAAUUGGAGAAAGAGGAGUCAAUCUUAGUGGUGGUCAAAAACAGCGGGUUCAACUUGCUCGUGCGCUGUAUCAGAAUGCUGAUAUAUAUCUUUUGGAUGAUCCUUUCAGUGCCGUUGAUGCACACACUGCUACAAGCCUCUUUAAUGAAUACGUCAUGGGAGCCCUCUCGGGGAAGACUGUCUUACUUGUGACACAUCAAGUUGAUUUCCUCUCUUCAUUUGAUACUAUCUUGUUGAUGUCAGAUGGGGAAAUUUUGCAUGCUGGUCCUUAUUCUCAGUUGCUGUCCUCAAGCCAAAAAUUUUGGGACCUUGUUAAUGCACACAAAGAGACAGAAGUUUUUGAGAAGGUUUCUCCAAAAAGGCAUGAAGUUUCUUCUGGAGAGAUUCGCAAAACUUAUGCAGAGAAUAAACAGGAAAAAUCUGGACAUGAUCAGUUGAUAAAGGAAGAAGAAAGGGAAGUUGGGGACACUGGAUUUAGGCCCUACAUUCUGUAUUUAAAUCAUGAAAAAGGCUUUUUGAUCUUCUUCUCGGCUGCUUUCUUUCACGUUACAUUCUUGCUUGGUCAGAUAUUACAGAACUCUUGGAUGGCUGCAAAUGUUGAUGAUCCAAAUGUUAGCACAUUGAGGUUGAUUGUCGUUUACUUGCUGAUUGGAAUUGUAUCGAGUUUGUUUUUGCUCUGUAGGUCCCUCUUAAUGGUUGCUUUAGGCAAGCAGUCUUCCAAAUCAAUAUUUUCACAGCUCCUAAAUUCUUUAUUUCGUGCCCCCAUGUCGUUUUAUGAUUCCACGCCUUUGGGAAGAAUACUGAACCGGGUCUCUUUGGAUUUGAGUCUCGUGGAUCUUGAUGUUCCCUUUGUCUUGAUGGUAGCUGUUGGAACGACUGCGAAUUUUUAUUCUAAUCUUGCUGUGGUAGCUGUUGCUACCUGGCAAGUUUUAUUUGUCGCCAUACCUAUGGUCUUUCUCACUAUUUGCAUACAGAGGUACUACCUUGCAUCUGCUAAAGCGUUGAUGCGGAUCAAUGGCACCACUAAAUCUUUCGUAGCGAACCAUCUAGCAGAAUCUGUAGCUGGAGCUACUAUAAUAAGAGCUUUUAAAGAGGAAGAUCGUUUUUUUGCCAAGAACCUUGAUCUCAUUGACGCAAACGCCAGCCCUUUCUUCCACAAUUUUGCAGCAAAUGAGUGGCUAAUCCAAAGGCUAGAAACACUUGCUGCUGCGGUUCUUGCCUCCUCAGCUCUCUGCAUGGUUUUACUUCCCCCAGGAACUUUGAGCCCGGGUUUUGUCGGAAUGGCUUUAGCCUAUGAAAGGAUCCACCAGUAUAUGGACAUACCAAGCGAGGCUCCUCCAGUGUUAGAAGAGAACCGUCCCCCUGUGAACUGGCCAACCAAGGGUAAAGUGGAUAUUCAAGAUUUGCAGAUUAAAUAUAGGCAUGAUAUGCCACUUGUUCUACAUGGGAUUAGUUGCACAUUUGAAGGAGGACACAAAAUUGGUAUUGUUGGCCGAACUGGCAGUGGGAAGACUACUCUCAUCAGUGCCUUGUUUCGUCUGGUGGAGCCCGUGGGUGGGAAGAUCAUGGUGGAUGGAAUCGACCUCUCNGAUAUCCUGUGA